AUGGGUGAUUAUCACAGGGAGCAAGACCAAUUGUACUCCAAGCAGUCAUACGACAGACCCGAAUUGCUAGAACCGCAUCAUGAGCGAUACGACGGUGCAAAACGUCCCUUUUAUCGUGAAAGGGUUAUUGCGCCAGAACCACCCAAGUUUUUUGAUCGAGUAAAGUCAAAACUUAACCUUUUCCGUGGUUCCGAUAAUACAGAUGACAGUUCUAUGGAUCAAGGUUCGACCAUGACCCGCCAAAGUCAGUUGUGGAAUGCUAUAAAGCGGAAACCUAUCCAACUGAUCGUUGAAGACAACGAUGAUAGGGUGCACUUCAAUGACGGCAAUCUACCUGCUCCGAUUUUGGAAAGUGCGAACACAUUUCUCACAGACAACAAUCAAAAUUAUGGGCGUAAUGUUAAUUCUCCAAAGCGGAAAGACGUCAAUUCCAGCGUACCAUUGAGUGGAUCGCCUUUCGCAGCCACUGGUAUCAGCGAUUUCAUUGGUUUCGAAAACGAUAUUGUUGUCACGAAACCGGCGUCUCCGUGGGACAAAAUUGCCGCUAAAUCGUCCUUAAAGGGUUCAACAACGCUUCAUACUAUUCAAAAGCGCUUGUUGCAAGUCUCAGCGAGGAAGUCAGAAGUUUCCAAAAGCUACCAAAAACUCCUAAAAGAGUUGAACGAGUGGUGGGAAGACACUAUUGAAGCAGAAGAAAACAUGGAUCUGGUUGUAGAUUUACAAAAACUGUUCCACGAAGAUCUGAUGUUCGAGCAAAGGCUAUCUAACAAGCUCAAAGAGAUAUCAAAGGCCCUCGAAUUCACCAAAAUGCGAGAAGAAGAGAUGCUCCAUGAGCGCAAAGAAUUGCAACACAUCAUCAGGAAGUAUGGUCAGACGCGGGCUAAGAAAGGCAAUAACAGUGAAGAAGCUCAUUUUUUGAAAGAGAAGGUUAUCACAAGACAGAAUUCGUUGUCGACCAUAACAUCCCACUACCAACAGUCUUUGUGCACCACGGCUCGAGAGCUUUUUGUCAAUGCAAGCGUUGAAUACUUCGAGACGGCAUCAGAUGUGAAAGAAGCCAGUAAGAGUUUCUUCCAAAAUUCGGUAGAGUAUUUGCGAACAAUUCAAGCGGGAAAUAUAGAACAGCAUAUCGAAGAUCUAAGAAGAAAGCGUGCUGAUAAGCAUUGGUCAAAGCUUACACCACAGGAAAGAGAUGAUCCUAACAGGCUUGUGGAGAUCAUGAGCGGCAUGUACAACGGUCAAGAUUCCUUGAUGAGAUGUGUCAACAAGAAAGUACCGCUGAAGGCCGCUCCUAAAAUGUCCAACAUUUCCGAAAAGGAAAACAUGGCCCAAAAAGAAGACCAAGGAGAGCUCAAAUUGGAAUUUAGAACCGGUUUGGAAGAAUCUCUAUCCCAAUUUCCCAGUGAAAGUAAUAAUAAGUCCGUUGCAGAAGAAAGCUUUGCCAAAAUGUCGGAUUACGCAAAAAUUAGAGAGAAAAGAAGUAUCCAGGGCACAUCACUCGGCUCUAAUCGGACACUAAGAUGCGAGGGUUUCACGCAAAACUACCCUGAUAAAAAUCUCUCACGUCUUCCUUAUCCUGAUACAUCAGAUACUCUCCGAGCCCAUAUCGAAAAUAUGAAAACUGGGCUCAAAGCUAGGAAAGGAACGGUUGACAUGGAGCUUUCAAAUUUUGAUGACGAGGGCAUGAUCAUAGAACUUGCUCAAGGUAAAAAUGAUCUUCCCAGGGAUGUCUACGAACCUGAACAAGAAUUGAACCGCAACAGAUGGAUAGAAUCUCCCAGAGUAUAG